AUGGAUUUGAGGAAUGGGGCAAUAAAGAGACGGGAAAAAUUAGUGAUAAUCGAUGGAAACGAUAAGAUAACCUGGAAACGUGAACAAAAUCAGCACAGCUCAGAUAUGUCUGUCUUGAACGAUCUCAACUACUCAACCUACAAAUCAAUGGAGAACACCGGCUCGAUAAGCCGACACACAGUAGAUGCAUCAAGUGCUUCAAUAUUCCAAAAUGAGCACAUUACAAGUUAUCAAAACUUAUUGCAACAAAGAGACUCAGCUGACACCGUGGGGUUACUGAACAGCCUCAAAGAUGACCUGAACCUGACAGACAUUCACUUAGACGAUCUGGAGGAUCUAGAUGACCCCUUGACUCAGAGUGUAUUAUCGAUGGUUAAUGCAGAGGUAACCGAACAGAUGCUUAGCUCGCCUGGCUCCGUAGAGGAUAUGUUUAGUCCCCCUCAGUCUGUCGAAAGUCUGGGCUCGGCAGCGAGUGAUCAGUCAUUGGGAGAAAGCUUUAGCUCAAGCUCCGAGGGAGGCUACAACAGUAGCGUCUCCGGCUCAUAUUCAGACAUUGCAAGCCUGGUGUCGUCCACGAACGAUACGGACCAUUUAUACCAGGAGUCGGGGUCCUAUUCCGGACAACUGGACGCAUUUAAUGGACAAUUUAAUCAGGGACAAAUCAAUUCUAAUUCAAAUGAGAACAAUAUGCUACCACCCCCUCCCUCAUAUCAGGAACAUAUCACUCAAUACAACCAAAGGCACUCGAUGACGUCGUCAUCACAAAUGAGGUGCGACCAAUGGUCUGGUGGCGACACCUGGGGACCGAUUGAUGAAACGAAAGUACCACUCGAUGAUGAAGGCAAUAAUAACAAAUAUGUCAAAGAGAUACUCAAAACUAUAUCAAGAACAGGGGGUCAGAUUCAAUUGUGGCAAUUCCUCUUAGAACUUCUAGGAACGGGUAACAACGAGGAUUGCAUAAUUUGGGAAAAUCAAAAUGGCGAGUUUCGAAUAGUCGACCCAGAUGAGAUUGCCCGAAAGUGGGGACUCCGUAAAAGAAAACCAAAUAUGAACUACGAUAAACUCAGUCGAGCCCUGAGGUAUUAUUACGAUAAAAUGAUCCUGACGAAAGUACAUGGCAAAAGAUACACUUACAGAUUCAAUUUUAGAGUAAUCCUCGAAGGAAAGAGGCAUACUUGGGAGGUGCCAUACAAUUUUAACAUCAAGGCGCAUACUCUUUCCCAUCUCGGUGGAAAGCCAUGUGAUUGGGCGAAAUAUAGCAACGUGUUGCACAAAUGUAGGGUAAUCGUUUGACUCUGCUGGUGACGCCAUGAUUUCUAUGUCACGUUUCGUUACGUCAUGAUGUACCUCAUAGUGUUAUUUAAGAUAUUAUUACUGUAUGACAGAUUUCUUCCAUUUUCAAACACUAACCUCUAAAUCAAUUAUUUUCCAAAAUAUUUCAUUAAGAUCUCCAGGGGCCCGAUUCUCGAAAAUAUCAAUAUUCCUGAAUUUUAGAUGUCACAUGAUGUUACUAUGACAACACUUGACAAAGCAUUUAGAUUCUACCAAUCAUGAUUUCAUUCUGAUAUUUUCGGGAAGCAAGCCCCAUGAUAACGUUCAUAAUGCAUGCAUGCAAUAUUUGUUGUUCGCGAUAAUGCACGAUAAAGCUGGCAAUUUUUGGUAAUGCACGGCUAAAGAUGGUGAUGGUUUGUGACUUCUACUUCUUUGUAGAAAAACUGCUGUAACUGAUUGCUUGUUAUGUAUUAUUUAUGAUUUUGCUCAACUAAAAUGGGGUCCAUGCUUCACAAUAAGUAAAAACAUUACAUUUCAUCAAAAUAGUAUUAUCUUUGAGAGAAAUAUAUAUAUUAUUGUAGAUGUUGCAUUUAUGGAGAAUAUAUUUCAAAUCAGUAUAUACCUUUUUGGUCUUGCAUCGAGUCGUUGUUACUCCACCAUUUCUCAAUAUCACAAAAUAGUGAUAGAGAAUUUAGGGGUAGAGUAUCAGUGACCCGAUGCAAGAAAACUAGAAACUGAACCCUGGAUCGGUAAAUUAACGUCGUUCAUCCUUGAGCUGCUGGCCAGUUUAACUCACUCUCAUAGGAGUGACGUACAAUUAGUCUUGUAACGUAUAGAGCCACUGUGCCCCCCUCUACUCGAUUUCUACCUGCUGCUGGACGAAUUUAAAGUGUGGGAGGCCGCGGAGACUGUAAUGUAGAGACUGUAGGU